AUGGAAGUCUCGGCUUUACUGGAGACAUUACAACAUGGCACCAGCGCCACCCUUGGUAUCAGUCGCCGCUCUCUCCUCGCUGCCGUAUCGACUGCCAAGAUCCUCAAUGUUCUCAAGGGGUCUGCAGGUCCCAAUGAUGCUUUCACGAUGCUACUCGACAAGUACACUUCGCUAGGUGUGUACGUGAUCCACCACUCCUUCACACUAACAGAACUCUUUGCCAUCUCAGGACUCCAGCUCGUCUCUAACACCCUCACUGCCGGCAUCAGAACUGCGGAGGAAUCUGUUCGUGUUGUUGAUGGGCUUUUUGGUUCGACCGAGACGUCAAAGGCUCUGGCCGCAGUGGUGGGGUUGGUCAAAAAGGAGGUAUACGAGGAUCAGGAUUUUGCUAUUACACAAGCAGGAAAGAUGGCAGUACUCGCAUCCAUUACCAAAGCCAUCACCGUCUUUGCCUGUCUUCAAGCCGCCACCCACAAACAAACUCAAAAAUCAGUUAGAACAAUGCUGGUAUACGAGGGUGUCGUUGUGACAAGACCCAAGCGACUUGGAAUAGACGAUUCGACACAGCUGGCAACCAUUCAACGGAGGCAGGACGACGACGAGGAUGAAAACUCGGGCGAGCUCUUGGAGGACCUCUCACACGCUCUUGUCACGGACCCUGACGACUUGACCCAAGAUAUGACAACCACCCAGAUUGAACGCGUCCUCAGCGCCGAUAUUCUUCAAGUCACAACAACAACUACUCUGACCACAACAACUACACAGACUUUUGUCCGCCCAGGAGCUGACCUUUCAAAACUCGGAAAACCAUUGCCACCAAUACACGACAAGGAGCCAUCGUCAUCACUGCAGCGACAAGGACACUACCCAUCAUCGAUUGAAACCGCCAGUUCCUCCCGCGCAGCCAGCUCAUCACUGGCCAUCACUACACGGUCCCGGAGAGGUUCAGUCUCUUCUAUCGCGUCUGUCGCCACCACCUUGACCCAAUACGCCACGACAUCGAUUGUCAGCAAUCAUGGAACACCUAAUGGCACCGUUCGUCACAGCACUGCAACGGCCAGUGAUACCUUUGGACCUUCAGAGUCUCUGGCAACGGAGGGAGCCCGCCAAGCUAACAACAACCUCCGGCUCAUGUUCUCGACAGUGACCAAGAAGUUCAAAAAAAACCAGAAGGUCCAGAUUGGUGGUGACACCGACAGCACUAUAUUGUCCAGGACGCAGGAACGGGAGAUUAAAACGAGUGAAGCCCGUGAUUCGUUGGACUGGUCUGAGGACGACACGGAUUGGAUUGAGGUGACAAAGUCUUCAGAGACCAUGUCGUCCGUCGAGAUGAACGCUACAUUGUACGACGUCCCAUUGGAGAAGAAGAACGGCAUCACCAAGCUUGGAUCAGGGACCUUUGGGCUCAAGAAUGGACUCUCGACAAAGAAAUUUGGACGAUCAUUCUUUUCCAAGAUGACGAAACCCUCAGUCUUUGGCAAGAACGGCGAACACAAUGUUUUGGAUGCAGGCCCUCAGCUGACCAUCACGGAGGUGGACGAAUCCAGAAACGACUCGGACAACUCUUUGCCGGACAGGAAUCCAGCUUCCAGUCCUACUUUGGUGGAAUUGAAGGGUGGCAGUAGUGACGAGGACGACCAUGUAGACUCGCGCCCACCGCCCCCACCCAAGGAGCCACAGGAACCCAACCCCGCCAACUUUCCUCGAGACCAUCUGGUUCGUAACAUUCAGCGGUUUAUGCGAUACGCGUCGGCGAGUUAUGGACAUAACUUUAUGCGAAUCCUUGGUAUCGGCACCAUUGGAGAUUCGGUCUACUCGCCCUAUGGAGAUCAUCCCAACCACCAUGCGUUUGCAACCCACACGUCGACACCACUGGACUCGAUUCUUUUGUCGUCGUUCACAGACCCAGGCACCAAAGGAACCUUCCAUGCGCCCAAGAUGCACUCGCUUGUCCACUACAUCAACCUGGACCAUGGAGCUCAAUGUGUGGUCCUGACAUGUCGCGGAACUCUCGGCUUGUCGGAUGUGUUGACGGAUCUCUGUGCCCACUACGACGACCUGGUGAUGCCUACCGUCAAAUAUGGAAAGAGAGUCGGUCAGCCUGCACCCUCAAAGUACAAGGUCCACGCAGGAAUGCAUGCCUCUGCCCGCCUGUUGUCUCAGGAAACGUCGACUGUCUACAAGACCAUCAAGAAGGCGCUUCAGGACUACCCCGACUAUGGACUCGUUCUGUGCGGACAUUCGUUGGGAGGAGGCGUGGCUGCGAUCCUGUCGCUGCUCUGGUCGAUGAAGAGUGCCGACUUUGAGGCGUAUGUUGAGGAGGAGGAAGACUACUCUAGCGAUGACGGCGAAGGCGAGGUUACUUCGCGUCGAGGCCAGUCCAGCCCAAAACAAAUCAGGAACCGCAUUAUAUACCCCGAGAUCACAACGCCCUUUGUGACCUCUCCUGGAUCAGGACUCCCAGCUGGACGCCCCAUUCAUUGUUACGCCUUUGGACCACCAUGCGUCAUGUCGCUACCCCUUUCAAGGUACUGCAAUGGAUUGAUUACGACGGUUGUCCACCAGUAUGAUCUUGUCCCGACCCUCAGCUUGGGACUUUUGCGGGACUUCAAGAAUGUGGCUACGACGUUGCAUGAGGAGGGAUCGGUGGUGGAGGAUAUUGUGAAGCGACUCAUCAUUGGCGCCUCAUCCAAUAAGGCCAAUGCGGAGCGACAGGCAGCAGAGGAUGCCAGGGUUGCGUCGACCACCUACACAUCAGCCGCAGCUCCUGGGACACAACCGACCAAGUCAGAGGGUUUGCCCAAACGGUCCCAGAGCAUGCCCAUGUACUCGGAAUACGACCGGUGGCAGCUUCAGGAAGCAGAGGAUCGGGAUUGGUCGUGGUCGCUCAUCAAGACCAUGCGUGCCGACAUGAGCUCUGACAAGCUGUAUCCGCCCACACCUGUUUACAUCUUGGAAUCCACCGCCACCACGGUCGUUAACCCUGAACCGUCGUCUGCAGCGGCAGCAGCAGCAGCUAGCAUGGCAGCAUCGGUCUCGAUGACCACCGAUCCACAGUACCCAGGAUCGACACCCAUGGCAAAGUCGUUCUCGGCCUCGGCAGCCUUCUCGGCAGCUGCAUCAUAUGCCAGUGGAUUCCGACCCAGCUCUCCGUUCGGCUACAGGAGUUCGACGCCUACUCCAGGGGCGAGUCCCACGGAGGCGACUGCACCAGUGACGCCCGUAACCGCCCAGAAGGCGUUCAAGGUCUCGAUGCGGCGAUUCGAUCACGUCGAGGAUCGGUUUGGCGAGUUGCAGUUUGCGCGGUCCAUGUUCACCGACCAUAACCCUGCCAAUUAUGAAGAGUGCGUCGAGCGCCUCGCCCUUGCCGUCUUUCCCGAGGAGUAG